AUGACCGAACAAUCCGAGUGCAGAUUCAGCAAUCUGACAGAGGAUCAGAUCACCAUCCUUGACCAGGUCCUGUCGGAGGUCACUCCAAUCCACGGACGGGGCAACUUCCCCACCAUGGAAGUCAAACCAAAGGACAUCAUCCGCGUGGUGAAGGACCAACUGAUACAAAAGGACAUCACCAUACGGGACAUUCGUCUGAACGGAUCCACAGCCAGCCACAUCCUCAUGCAACAAAACGGCACAAGCUGCAAAGAUCUGGAUAUUAUUUUUGGCGUGGAGCUUCCGGGGGAACCAGCUUUCCAGACGGUUAAAGAGAUUGUUCUGGAUUCCCUCUUAGAUUUCCUUCCAAAGUGCGUCAACAAAGAGAAGAUCACGGCUCUGACCAUGAAUGAAGCCUACGUCCAGAAGAUGGUGAAGGUCUCCACCGACCACGACCGCUGGAGUUUGAUCUCCUUGUCCAACAACAGCGGGAAGAACGUUGAGCUAAAGUUUGUCCAUUGUUUGCGGAGACAGUUUGAGUUCAGCGUUGACUCUUUCCAGAUCGUUCUGGAUACCAUCCUGGACCUUUAUGCAGAAAACGACGGUGAGCUGAGUCCGGAUUCAAACCCAACCGUGCUGGCUGAGAGCAUGUACGGGGACUUUAACGAAGCAAUGGAGCACCUACGAUGUAAACUUAUAGCGACCAGGAAUCCAGAGGAGAUCCGAGGGGGAGGGCUUCUGAAAUACUCCAACCUCCUAGUACGGGACUACAAACCAACCAGCGAGACCGAGCUCAAAUCCUUGGAGCGUUACAUGUGUUCCCGCUUCUUCAUCGACUUUUCCGACGUGGCGGAACAACAGAGGAAAAUCGAGUCUUACUUGCGCAACCACUUUAUUGGGGAGGAGAAAAGCAAAUACGACUACUUGAUGACUCUGCGGUCCGUGGUGAAUGAAAGCACAGUUUGCCUUAUGGGACACGAGCGCAGACAGACGCUGAACAUGAUCACCAUUCUGGCGCUGAAAGUUCUGGGGGAGCAGAAUAUCAUCCCCAACGCCGCGAACGUGACUUGUUACUACCAACCAGCCCCUUACAUGAGCGACAGGAACUUCAGUAACUACUACAUCCCCCAGGGCCAAACCAUCUACUACCAGCCCUUCCAGUUCCACAUACACAUGCAGAGCGGCCUCGUGUAG